AUGAACGCCACGGAUCAUGCAGAGCUUUAUGUUAAGUACAAAUCCUUCCUAGGGAUUGACAACCAUGAUAGCAGCGUUUCUCAACUUCUCGCCCGCGACUCAGCUCAGAACGGUGUUCUUUCUUCCGGUCACGGACUGUUCUGUCCGGCCGAAGCAAUCAUCCGAGGGUCAAGCACGCAGUUCGAGGAUAGUAUUCUAGAAGUAGCAGUCUUUGAGAACCCUGCAGACUGCGCGGACGACAGAAAACGUCAACACGGCGCUGAGAGUAUAUUGAAGGAUGAACUACACGAGAGCAUGAAGAAACACCUUCGGCCCUUUGAGGACACAGUAUCAGAAUCCCUCUCCAAUAUGAACCCUUUGAUCAAGAACAUACCUGAGAUCUAUCGACCGUCGGACAGCAGCAAUGCCCCGGACGGAUCGACGUCAAGCAUCGUGUUCUUCGGUCUGCACCUUUUUGUGGACUCUUACAAGAGCGUCACAGAUAAGAUCAGCUCCUCAAACAACAAUGAGCAUGGCGACUGCUUCAACCAGGCCACACCGCAUAGGGGCCUCUACCCAGCCAGAGAGCAAGACUGCGUCAACGCCGCCAAGGAACUGUUUUACUUCAGAGACCCUUUCCGGCCCACUACAUUCGCCAGAAGAAAUAAUGUUGGUUUCAGGCUUCCAAAGGUGGUCCGAAACGGAACGUGCGUCAUCUCAAUAGACGUAAUGAAUGAUGCGGAUAAGGACAAAUUUAAGCCGUGGCUGGUCUAUACUACAGCCAUGGACAUAGCGCACAGAUGUACUCAGGCCGCUUUUGGUUUCGGUGGGAGGAGCAUGGCGGGACCGAAGAAGGUGGUAGACGUUCUUGUCUUCGGGAGGGGUUUACCUCUUAAGAAUGGGGCAGUUGGGCCGGCAGUAUCGGAGAGUGCUGUCAUCGUCGCUAGAGAACAGUUGGCUCGCGACGAUUCAAGCUUGCUGAAUGAAACUUCGCUCAACUUGAUUAAGCCGUCGGCGGUGGACACCACUAGUCUGGACGACAGAUUGGGCGUAAAUGCCCCUCAGCUCGGCGGAGCCUUAGUAUGUGCCGAUCCACCUCUACCACGCGAACGAGCUUGGCCGAUCAACUUCAAAGAUUGUGAGAUGGCCACAAACGCAGUCUUUGGGGAUAGGCAACGCGAUCAGAGGUAUACCUUUAGCCGAGAACCGGUGGCCACGAAGUUCUAUUAUCCUCUUCCUGCGAAGGUUAGGUACAGGUCAUGUGUGAUCCUUUUGGACAUGAACAACAAUAAUGAUCAGGAUACAGUGAGGCUGUCGAUCGUUGAGGCUACUGCAUGGGUGCUGGCGCAUAAGUGCUCCGGCGAAGAGAGAUCCGUGGAUCAGUUUGGUGGACGGGCGACUGUGGGUGUUGGAGCGAAGGACUUGAUCAACAUAUGGGUCUAUGGAAGCCUAUGGCCAACACCAGAUGGGGCGACGAACGUGACAGGUCUGGUUCUAGCUCAGCCUGCACGCUUGAUAGAUAGCGAGUAG